AUGACUACGCCGGCGGUCGCGGAGUGCUUGGUGUGCGGGAAGGAGACGAAGAACCGGUGCUCGAGCUGUGCGAAGGCAGGAAUCGACCUCUUCUUCUGCUCGCCGGAACACCAGAAGCUCGUCUGGCACGUCCACCGCUUGUUCUGCGGUCCCGGCAAGGCCAACCCUUGGAGGUGGCCGCUUCUUUCGCCAGAUGAAGUACAGGCUGCAAUCGCUACGCUCGACCUGGUUUCGGUCACACAUUCCGAAUCGAAGACCUUGGCCGACCAGUUGCUGCGGAUCUACAACGAACCCCGCGAGCGUUUGCCUGACAUCAUCAGGAGUCUCUCUGGACCUACUGGCUUGCCUCUCGACUACGAGACCUCGGCGCUCGCGUGCGUCAGGAUGCAUGCUCACUUCGUCCGCGGGAACAACCUCAAGAACGACGGGAUCCUCAAACCCAGUCCGCCUCUCGAGAUUUUGACGAGCCUUCGCCUGUCUUCCUUUCUCUACUGUUUUCGGGACGACCCGCCGCCCUGGGUCACGGGCUACCUUCACCGUCUCUCGAUCUUCGUCGCGCUCCUGACGGGAAAGACGUAUAGCGACGAACAGGUCAAGUACCUGGUCAACUCGAUCGACGGAGUCUACAGGUAUCUCGAUACUGUCGCAGAGACUGACCCGGAAGGGGCUCGCAUGGUCGAGGGAGGCUUCCGACGCUUCCUGGAGAAAUUCAGUUCGCGCCCGACAGCCCCUUCUGGACGCAUGUGA